GUGUUUGGCUACACUAAAAAAACUCCAAAUUGGAGUUUCUGCAUCCCUUCGGCCUCCAAGCCCCAAGCCCCAAUCCCCAAUCCCCACCCCCAAAAAAUCCCCAAAUUUCUUGAUCCACAAUGGAUCACAAUCCGAAUUCCAAUCCCAAUCCACGACGCAGCAGCCUCCUCGAAUCACUCGGCGAAGAAAUCACCCGAAUCAUAACCCCCGUCUCAAUCUGUAUGCUCUCCGUAGUAAUCCUCGUUUCAAUUCUCGACUCCGGCGGCGACGGCGGCGCCUCCCUGACCACGGUGGCCACCAUGGCCUACGACGAGUCCGAUUCCGACUCAAUUUGGGAUAAGCUCAAAGGCGCCAUACUCAACUCCGUCAUAUUCAUCGCCGUCGUAACCGCGGUCACAUUCCUGCUGGUCCUUCUCUUCUACUUCCGCUGCACAAAAUUCCUUAAAUACUACAUGGCUUUCUCUGCUUUAAUGGUUCUAGGGUUUAUGGGGGGCGAAAUCGCCCUAUUUUUGAUCCAGCAUUUCAAUUUCCCAAUCGAUUGCAUUACCUUCCUCGUUUUGCUCUUUAAUUUCACUGUCGUUGGUGUUAUGGCUGUCUUCCUUUCGAAAAUGGCGAUAUUUGUGACUCAAGCUUAUUUAGUAGUGAUUGGAGUUCUUGUUGCUUAUUGGUUUACACUUUUGCCGGAAUGGACAACUUGGGUGCUCUUAAUAGCCAUGGCAUUGUAUGAUCUUGCCGCCGUUUUGUUGCCGGGAGGGCCGUUAAGGCUUUUGGUCGAAUUGGCGAUGUCGAGGGAUGAAGAAAUUCCGGCUUUGGUUUACGAGGCUCGUCCGGUGAUCGGAGACGGCGACAAUGGUGUUUUGCCGAGGAGAAGGGUGUGGAGUGUUGGUUUGGAUGGGAAUUCCGGGGAAAGAUCGAGUCUUGGCGUCGAGGAGGGUCGGGUUUUGGUUGGGGGGUCGGGGGAGUUAAGAGCGCCGCUUAUUCAGCAAACGAGUAUGCGGAUGAAUUCGAUGGGGGGUGGUGGAUCGGGUGAAAAUCUUGCGCUUGAAGGGAUUGGUUUGGGAUCUUCGGGCGCGAUCAAGCUAGGGUUGGGGGAUUUUAUUUUUUAUAGCGUGUUGGUUGGUAGGGCGGCGAAGUAUGAUUUUAUGACGGUUUAUGCGUGUUAUCUUGCGAUUGUUGCGGGUCUCGGGAUAACGUUGUUGCUCCUUGCGUUUUAUCGCAAGGCUUUGCCGGCGCUUCCCUUUUCUAUAAUGCUCGGCGUGUUGUUUUAUUUGUUGACUAGGUUGUUGCUAGAAACGUUUGUUGUGGAAUGCUCGAUGAACUUGUUGAUGUUUUAGAAAUACGGGAAUUCUUGAUCUUUUAGAAUAGAGUUUGGUCGUUCGUGUUGUCUUUGUGGUAUGAAGAUUCGUUGGGCGAUUUAUUGAAGUUUUAUAUGAUCGUCGAGUGAAGAUAACUCGCACGUUGGAUUGUAAGUUGGAUUCUUGUUAGUUUGCGCUAUGUCGGGAUUUAGAUGAAUGUGAAGAAAUUCGAAAAUUAUAUCGUGAAAUGCUCGUAGAUGCUCUCUAUGAUGUUAGUUCUCGACUUAUGCUCGGUGUAGAGUAAUUUUGGGUGCGUUUGUUUGUGGGUUUUGGGUUUGGAUUUAUGAACAGUAAAAAGUUGUAUUUGAAUAAUUGUAUGAUGACCAUAAUAUAAUAUAUAUAAAAAAAAUAAUUGUUUGUUUUGA